CGCCCACGAACUCAAUCUUCGAGUAGUUGUCAGUUGCAUUUUGUAAGUGCGUUAUCGCGGCUUGUCCUUAUCGAUUUGUAGGCGCACGCGUCCCAUCAAUUGCCAAAAAAUAAAAAAAACAACGAUAGAAAAAAGGACGUCCACUCGACGCGACCGAAAGUCGAAGUUUCCGAGAGGUUCAAACUCGAAAAAGAAAUGAAGAACAACAUUUUGGCGACCUAUUUGCUCGCGGUAUUUUGUUCGGCCCUCGGAGUUCCUCCGGUGAGGAACGACGACCAGCUCGAGACUAUAGCCCAAUGGCAGCUCUUGGACUACGCGUUUCCCUACGACCCGACGUACCUGGGCAGUUUUCGUCCAGAGAACGUAGUGCCGACCGGUAUCGAGGUCGCGUGGCAUCGCAUAUUCGUAGCGACCCCGAGACUCCGGGCCGGAGUUCCGGCCACCAUAAGUUUCAUCCCCAGGGACGUUCCCGCGGGAAGCAGCCCGCAGCUCCAGGCUUUUCCGUCGUGGGAAUGGCACGGCGCCGGUAGGGGCGAUUUGAAUUGUAGCGGAUUGAUAUCCGUCUACAGAAUCCGUCUGGACAGGUGCAACAGACUCUGGGUACUCGACAGCGGAGUGAUGACCUCGAUCGACGAUUUCACGACCGUCUGCCCACCGAAAUUAUUGGUGUUCGAUCUUCAGACCGAUCGAUUGGUCCGCACGAUACAAUUCCCCCGGGACUCGGUCCGGCAAAAUUCGCUCUUCACCAAUCUCGUCAUCGACGAGACGUCGGCCACGACUUGCGACGACGUUUUCAUAUACAUCACGGACACGGCGAACGCAGGAAUCGUCGUUUACGACGGCGCGGCCGACAGAAGUUGGAGAGUGACGCACGCCUCCAUGUUACCUAAUCCCGAUUACACGAUGUACCAGAUCGGCAGCGAUACUUUCGAGCUAUUCGACGGCGUGGUUGGACUCGGUUUCUCGGCUAGAUUGGGAACUCUUUAUUUCCAACCGCUGGCGACGGAUCGUCUCUUCAGCGUUCCCACGUCCGCCCUGCAAGCCGGACCGCUUCCUUUCGGGGAACAAUUGCCUGUAACUUUGGUGGGAAGAAAAUCGAGCCAAGGUAUAGGACUCGGCGUGGACCCUACCGACGAUUCGAUCCUCUUCGCGCCGCUCACCGAAACCGCCAUCGCCGCCUGGCAGCCGCAGACGAACAACCAGAGGAUACUCGCCUACAGUCCGGAGCAGCUUCAGUUCACGGCCGAGAUUAGGUGGGUCGAACGUGACGGUGGAAAUAUAUGGGCUCUGUCGUCCAGGUUUCAGAAGUUUUUCAAGAAUCAGAUAAACCCGCGGGACAUAAAUCUGCGAAUUAUGAGGAUCAGGAACGCUCCGAUUCAUCAGCCCUCAGGACCCCUUCUACCACCGGCUAAUAUCUACAGACAAAUUUACCCGGUCUUUGGACGCAAUUUCUACAACAAUACAGCAAUCGGUUUCUGAUUCGUCAUCCCCAAAUUGUUCCAUUUCUUUUCUCCUUUAGUGAAUUGGCUUUACACGAUAAUUCAAAUCUGAUCAAUCCCUUCCAUUGGCUUAAUUGUAAUUUUGUUUCGAUACAGUGAGGAAAUUUUCUUUUCUUCAGACUCAUUUUUUUUUUUUUCAAAUGAAAAUAAAAUUGUGCGAAUCGUUACGCUGCGUUCGUCGCCGUACUCGAUCGAAAAAUUCAACGCGGUAUUUUAGAAGUAAUAUUGGUUAUUUGCACGCGAUGCAGAAACGCUUGCGAUUACGAGCGCGAUAGAAGCUUUAAUGCAACGUGGGCGAAUUCCUCUUCUUGUGUAUAACUUGUAGAAUGCUCGCUCCCCUACUCGAGCGUAAAAUUUCAUUGACACUGUAAUCGUUUGGUAAAAAUAGAAAUGAACUCCAACACUUAAUAUUUUCGAUUUGAUCAUUUGUACUCUAGAUUACCAGAAUCAUUAUCAACCUUCGUUUGUCCAGCUGAAUCAAGUGCGGCUGAUUUUCCAAUCAACGAAAUUACCUUCCGUUCGUGUACUUGAAACAGAUCGAAUAUUUUUUAAGCAAUAAGCAAAUAUUUUUCACAUAAUUGUCUAACAUAAUAUACGCGAAUCACACCUGCCACUCGUCUACACGAAUAUGAAUACCUCCUUAAUUAGCGUGAAAAUAUAUUCAGAUUACAUUCGGAUGAUUGUAGUGGAAAUAAAAAAUCAUGUCAAAUUUGCCAAUA